AUGGGGAGCAGCUUUUGUAAAUAAGAUAAUUCUUCUUAAUUAAUCACUAUAGUUAAUAAAUCUAAAGUAUAAUCCACUAAAGAACCUGAAGAAAAUGAUUAAUUAAAGAUUGAAUCUGAUAAAAGUGAAAUAUUUAAGAACUAAAAUUAAAGAAAUGACCAAUUGAGGAGUGAGGGUAUUUCAAAUAAUUAAACCUCUGAUUUAUCAGUGAAGACUGAAGAAAUUCCACUCAGAAAAUGUCUAAAGUGUGAAAAAUAGAUUUCUUCAAUUUUUGUUUUAACAAAUUGUAAAAAAGGCUGCUAUUAUCAUUAACUAUGUAUGGAAGACCAUAUGAAAAAAUUAAUUGAAGGUGAAAAACCUAUAAUUAAGUGUAUAUGUGGAACCAAAAUAAAUUCUUAUUUUUUAAGAGAAUCAUCAAUCCCUGGAAAAAUGACAUUACUAUCUAGAAUGUUUCAAAGAUAACUAGAUUUUAUUUUAUAAUCAACAUAAAAAAUAAGAAGAGAUUUAGAAGUCUAAAACUUUGUUAAAAAUAAUCAAUUAUCGACUGAGUUGCAUGAUUAUAUAUUAAUCGACUAAAACUUAUUAAUUUAUGAAGAAACACCCUAAUGA